AUGGACAACCAGCGACAACAGUAUAUCCCAGGGCCUCCGCCUCCACCAGGCCAGGGAACCAUGGGACAUCUACCACCGCCUCCGCCUCGACCAUAUCCAGGGUCGAAUUUGCCUCCACCUCCCCCAGGGCCGCACCCCUCCUCGAUGCCGUUAGGGACAGUGUUUGGACUUCCAGGCGCAGGAUGGCAACAGCCAUGGGGAAGAUCCGCGAUGGGUCAGAAUAUACCUCCACCACCACCCUUCAAUCACAACCAGCCCCAAGGACAGCACAUUCCUUAUGGUAUGCGACAGUUGAACAUCCCUCCGCCACCGCCGCAGAAUGAUAAACCCAUCCUUUCCGCUACAUUUAUCCCCACCGGAGAUUCAUUCGGUCCCGGGGUUGGCAUUCCGCCCCUCGACGAUUACGCGUCGUAUUCUAGAUACGAUGCCCAGUUCACAUCCGAGCCGUCACUGUCUCAUUCAGAUCAAAAAUAUUCGGACGGCACAUCUUCCACGCACAGCUACUCUUAUCCCAACCCCACCCAGCCCAAUCCAGAUAUUGCGAACAGGGAAAGCCGAGCGGCUUCAGCUUCCUCCAACAAACCAUCCUUCACUCUUCCGCUGCGCGAUGUUAGCGAGCCGAUCUCUCCGGGACCUCCCACCGCUACCCUGAUCAAUCCCCAGAUGGGCAGCGAUGGCCGACAACGCGCUCACAGUGCCGCCGUCACAGGCAGCAACUCGAGCGAGCUUUCGUCACAAUGGCCCUUGGACCGAGUGCUCAUCUGGCUGGCAGCGAAUGGUUUCUCGAAUGAUUGGCAGGAGACUUUUAAGGUCUUGAAAUUGCAAGGCUCCGAUUUCCUUGAUCUCGGCCGCGGUCCCAACGGCCGUGGUAAUCUUGGUAUGAUGCACCAGACAAUAUACCCGCAGCUUGCAAAGGUGUGCUCCAACAGCAAUACUGGCUGGGAUCAGGGCCGCGAAAGGGAAGAAGGCAAGAGAUUGCGUAAGCUCAUCUCCCGGCUGGUGGAGCAGGGCGGUGAAGGGCCCUCCAGUGCAGGAAUCGGCCAUAGACGUCGUGAGUCCGGCAUGAUUCCAAGCGCAGGCACAAUUGCGAGCGCGGGGACGGAGAGUACCUUAGAGAACUCGCCUCAUCUCCCUCGGGCGGAGUUUGGUAGCACGCCUGGUACUGCUGAUCCGGAAGGAAGCCCAGGGAAGCAGAUGCCUCCACAAUUCCCGGUCGGACUAGGGCACCGGAUCUCCCAGCCUCGGAGCAGCACAAUGCCAGUUCUGAGCAAACACAGCAGUGCAUCUUCAACUCCCAGCGAUUCCAAGCCCCCGGAGAAUUUCGCAGCAACAGGUCGUGCGGACUAUACCAGAGGCGCAUUGAACAAUUUGAACAGCCGCGGCCGACACAGCCCUAAUCUCUCUGGUGAUGGUACCAUUGGCUUGUUGCCGAAGCCAUUUGAAGCGUCCCCAAAUGCCAGCCCCGGCCUUGGUAGUGCAGUCCCCGUUUCAGCCACGAGCAACUCUUCUUCUCAGUCUCGGCGCCCAGACCACAGCAAGAACAACAGCACAGACUCUAUGCUGUAUGCCACCGGUCAAACCCGCUCCAAUACGGCCGUUGAGUCGGCGCGCUUUUAUGCAGACAGGCGCGAUGCACAAGAGGUAACGAGACCAUCACCUUUGGAAGCUCAUAGGACCUGGAGUAACGAUUACACCCCCGGUCCUGGAGGCAAAGACCAUAGCAAAGGCUUCCUCAGUAAGUUCAUGAGGAAAAAGCAUGAGCAUAGCCAACCUCCACCUGAUGAUUAUCCAUCGGAAUCGCCAACAAGUCCAGGGCCGUGGAAGAUACUGUCGAAGCCUAGCGCAAACGGUAGCGACUUGGCUUUGUUGCAGCGUCCUCCUUCCACGGUGAGCGAAGACGACCGCGCUCCAGUGACAUCCCGUCGUGGCGCUCGCGUUGCAAGAAGAUACAUCUUCGUUACUCCGGACUUCUGGAACUAUCGGCUCGUGGAUGUCACCGAGGUGGAAACCGCAAUUGCCUUGCGUAGCCUCAUCUGCAUUGAACUUGGAAUCCCAGACGCAGAGUAUGCGCAGAUCUUCCUCACCGAACCAGGGCAGAGCGACCACGAAAGCGCGCUAUCCGAUAACGCUCUCGUCGCCGUGCGCAGUCGGACAGAUACUCUGGGCAGCGUAAAGCUGUAUGUCAAGAGCCCGACACUAUCAGCAGCGCAUGGCUCCCCAUCGCACUCAACCGGCCUUGGGGUGUCGUUCGGCCACAAAAUCCCUGUUGAGCGUGGCACGCCUAUGGUGAAGUCCAACUCUUCGGGCGGCGUGACUCGCAAUGGCUAUACUUCUCCAGGCGCGGCGGAUGCCCUGUCGAACGAUCCGCUGCUUGUACAGAAGCAGGCUGAAGAAUACAGGAGAAAAACAGAAGCCCAACAAAGAGCUUACCUGGAAUCUCGCCGAGCUCAGAAGGAACAGAGCGCCACAUACAGCGGUAACAGUAUCCGGGGAAAUACCGUCAUUGAUUUUGACACCCCAAGGCAUUCGCCUUUUGAGGAAAAGAAGGUCGAGAACCUCGUCCCGGUGCGGCGUCCUCCGACAGCUCCCGCGGAAUCGACCACACUCGCCAAGGUCAACUCUUUGAGGGCAAGAGGAUCGGGAAGCAGGUCGUCCCUUGAUGCCUUGAAGCGAAUCUCUGAUCCAAUCGCUGAAGAAGACGGCAAAAUUAGUAAAAAGAAAUCCGGUACUUUCGCAGCUGCUCCAGCAGGAGGCAUUGGAGCGGCGCUGGCCAAUAUGGGCAGAAUGAGUGUUGCCCCGGCCACUUUGGCCAGCCAGGGACUGUCGCAAGAUAGAAGUCGUGGCGACUAUAGUCGUAACUUUUCAGGUGGGUCGCUUCGUCCUGAUUCUGCUCCCGGUACAGGAAAUAUGUCGUGCAAAAUUGCUGACUAUGAAAAAGGGUUUGGCGAUCUGACGCGAGACAACCGACCGCAGAAUGCUGCCUUUGAAACUACUCGACGAUUCAGACAGUCUCCGCCUGUUAGUCCUUCGACCAAGUCGCCACCGCGUCCAUUUUUCCAGACCAGAAAGUCGUAUGGCCCCGAUCUCGAGUUCAAGGAGACCAACGUCUCUUUCGCACCAUCACCCCACCCUACCAAGGAUGAUGGUUCGGACGAUGAUUCCGAUGAUGGCCUUUUUGCAAUUCCGCUGGCCAACAAGUCAAUGUCGAGCACAGGCACGGCAACGCCGCCUCGAGUCAAAGAUCAGAGGCCGACGUUGACUGUUGACACGGACCAAAACACCGCCAAGAAUGUGCGAUUCAAGUCGCCAAACUCAUCUAGCGGCAUGCGUCCUCCUGGCGACGACAGCGCCGCGGCCAGCGGAGAAGGAUAUGACCGCAGCUACUCCGACGGCAGUUUCAGCGGUUCGGCACAGUCUCCAGACGAUCGAAUGGCCAGGCGGGACUCGUUCAUCAGCGAUAUCUGGGCAAACCGUCCUGCAGUAGAAAACGUGGUCGACCAUCUCGAUGAAUUCUUCCCUGGGGUCGAUCUUGACAAGCCGUACCUGGAAGAAAAAGGCGACAACAACUCGCCUAUGAGGUCGUCCGACCAGGAUCCCAUCGAUGCGCUUGAACCUCGUUCGAAGGGAGUCACUUUCGGUACAGCUGGCUUGGAUCUCGAGUUCAGCCGCAAGAAUGACUCGGACACACUGGGCUCCGACGAGUCGACGCUAAAGGCAAAGGACCGCAGCAGGGUCGCCAGUGUCGCUCAGCGGCAAGUAGGCAAAUCGACGGGUGGCCUGAAUAGGAUGAAGUCGAUCCGUGAAGUUGCGCAGAAACGGAACGACGUGAGCAUCAAGAGAGGGCCUUCUGUCGCAGCACGAGUGCAAGAGAAUAACGCAAGCGGCAUCGUUCGUCGCAAAUCGACGAAGAUGUUCGGCGCCCAUAUCGUUCAGAUCAGGCCAAAGUCAGGGAAUCGUCUGUCAACUCUCGACCCGAUACCACAAGAAGAAGUCCCUACCGACGACACGCCGAAGAGGCAGGCCACGUUCAAGAUCAUCCGCGGUCAGCUUAUUGGGAAAGGCACGUAUGGACGCGUAUACCUUGGGAUGAAUGCUACGACGGGUGAGUUCUUGGCUGUCAAGCAAGUCGAAGUCAACCAAAAAGCUGCCGGCCAAGACAAGGAUCGAAUCAAGGAAAUGGUGGCGGCUCUCGACCAAGAAAUCGACACGAUGCAGCAUCUGGAACAUCCCAACAUCGUCCAAUAUCUGGGGUGCGAGCGUAAGGAAUUCUCCAUCAGCAUCUAUCUCGAAUAUAUUCCUGGUGGUUCCAUUGGCAGUUGUCUUCGCAAACAUGGAAAGUUCGAGGAGUCCGUGGUUCGCUCGCUUACAAGGCAGACACUAGAGGGGCUGGCCUAUCUCCACCAAGAAGGCAUCCUUCAUCGAGACUUGAAGGCCGACAAUAUCCUCCUCGAUCUGGAUGGCACCUGCAAAAUCUCCGAUUUUGGCAUCUCCAAGAAAUCCGACAACAUCUACGGCAAUGAUGUCACGAACAGCAUGCAGGGCUCGGUCUUCUGGAUGGCGCCCGAGGUAGUGCGCUCGCAAGGACAAGGGUACAGUGCCAAAGUCGACAUCUGGUCACUUGGUUGUGUCGUGCUGGAGAUGUUCGCUGGCAAACGGCCAUGGAGUCGUGAAGAAGCCAUUGGCGCCAUCUUCAAGCUUGGAAGUCUCAGCCAAGCACCGCCGAUUCCUGAAGAUGUGCAGACAACAGCGACGGUUGAUGGGUUGAACUUCAUGUACGACUGUUUCCAAGUCAACGCGACCGAUCGACCGACUGCCGAAACGCUGCUACGGCACUCUACAUUCUGCAUUCCAGAUCCGUAUUACAACUUCUACGAUACUACGCUGGCCGCGAAAUUAAGAAAUGUUGAAAACGCCGGACUUGGUGGCUGA